AUGCAACACACCGAGGCGCAGUCACAGCAGAUUUUGCCGCGUAGUGGGCGGGGCGGCGAAUGUUUCGCAGAUACACACACUCAAGUUGAUGACGGGGCAAGUGUGGUUUUUCCUGCCGCUGGUGGUUUAUGCAGUCAAUCUCAAACCCCCCAGGCUCCGCGUAGGAGGCCUCGUGUCAUCACAGCACAAGACCUCGACGAGGCCCUUUUGCAAGCGAUUGAGGGUAAGAUCACCCGAAAAAAUGCGUGGGUUUCAAAAGAUGCAAGUAACCUACUCGAUGGGAUCACUCAAACCGUUGAGAGCACUUUGGACUCCAAUAGUACCGUGGACGAGUACACCAGUUUCGCAAAAGUUGCCACCGUUGUGGAGGGAUGCUCAAAAGUGUGGACAAGCCGCGUGGACAGCACAUAUCAGCGUUCAAAUCAGAUGGUACGCCGCCUGCUGAGGAACGAGGAUGAGGGCCACGGGAGCGAUGAAGAGAACAAAGAGGAGGGCGACGGAGAGGGUGGAGCCCCUAGCACAAGCGCUGCGGCCGAACGUAGAAGGAGGGCUGCACAACGUAAAGGUCAGACUGUUCGCACCAUCGCAUUUGAUUUAUCUGAGAUCAACCUAGAUCGAAAAGCGCGAUUGGCACUUGUACGCACUGGUGUAAGUGCACAGUUUCGUGCAAUAACAGAAAAAUUUGACCAAGGAAAUGCACAGGGGUUGCUAGUGCACAACACCCCGAUCGGCGGUGCGGGGAACCUUAUUCUCGAUGUGGAUUACGUACGAGAACCGGAUGGUGACUACACAGCCGACUGCGGAAGGCACUCUGGUCAAUCAGAUAAAGUUAAAAGUGAACCAGAUGAAGGCGAGAACAUCAACACUACGGCACGAGGGUUCGCCGACGGAGGAAUUGAGGAUGGGGUUGAUGAAGGGCUCAGGAUCACUCUUGACCUUCCACCCUUCACGGCAUCACAUAUGCAAUCCAAUGCGGAGAAAAACUCACUUUUUGUUUGUGGCGGGGGCCACCUAGUUGGGGACGGUGCUGGCAGUGCUGUCAGUACAAACGAUCGUAGCGGUGAAGGUGCAAGAGUUAGUUCUAGUAGUUUUUCCACUGAUCCCAACGCCUCAGGCCGUCCUUCACUGACGGUGCCGUCCCUGCUGGCAGUACCCCAUACCGUGCAGGGGAACCCGGACGUGUUGCCCGACGACGCGACGCGCGUAGCCACGAAUGAGCAGGAUGGCAAUGAAGAGCACGAUUACCAAGAUGGUGGCUGGUUUGAUGGUAUGGAUGGUGCUGACGCCGAUUACGGUUUACACGAUGGUGGUGAAAGUAUCGACCAGGAUCGCUAUACGGCUGACAAUGGUAGAGGGGAAGAAAGCAACCCUGAGUUGUCCCCAGAGCGUGUUGCUUUGGAAGCCCGUCGCUUGGUUUCGGGCGUUACUGAUCUCAACAUCAUGGACAAUCGUCUGCGUAAUAAACAACUCGCACUUGAGGUGGAUGACCCCAGUGGGUGGGUUCCAAUGGCUGAGCCCGUGAGCAAUCCCAUGUUUGGGGCCAGAGCACGCAAGAACUCAACGAUCAUGAUGACUCUGCGCAAGCAACACCAUUUCCUUGGGCCCAGCGUGGCCCAAUCUUCCAUAUCCACCCAAUCCUUGAAACGCUUGAAACGUGAAGCUGCGGUUUUUGACUUACCGGGUGAGCUGGAAGCCGUUUCGGCGACGGCUUCUCGUCGGUCUGCGGGGACAAAGGAAAAAUCUACAAAAGGAGAUGAUUGCAUUCAUCUUCCACCUGUGUUUGCGUUGCUAGAGGACAGCGGUGUGGACAAUUCGGCGUUAAAGCAAAGCACUUCCGAAGGAAAAAACAUGAGUGCACUUGGGAAGGAGUUGCUGCUAGGAAGGGAUUCUAGCGCAAUAAAACCGUACCUGCAGACGUCUGUGGAGCUGACUAAGGCGCAGGAAGCUGGCUUGUUGGUGCGGGAAAACCCUGUGCCGGGCGUAACCGUUCCAUCGUAUCUUCCCUAUCCCAUAACGGUACCAGUUUUUUUUCAACCGUUUUCAACACCGCUUUCACAGUGGAACCUCCUUCGCAAGUCGGCAACGGGAAGCACUAUACAUCAUUAUAACAAUGCCACUAGCUACGGCUACGCAGACGAGGAUGCAGAUGGUAACGGGGCUGGCGACAUGCCAGCGGAAUUCUUUCACGGUGGUGUUGAUUCCGACAACGACUAUGGCGAUGUGGGCACCUACGACGGUUUCAACGACAGUACCAGGGAUGACACCUUAGACAAUCCACUAAAGCUUGCACAAGCACAAAUAUUCGCCAGCCUUGAUCAAGCUGAUUUGAUACGUUCAAGUACCGCACUAACAACGUUGAGCGGCAAUAGCGCACGUCCCAGCAGCAUGAAUGUGAGUGACGUUGCCGACAUAGAUCCAGACACAGUCGUGAAAGUAUUGCAUGCGCCGGAGGCUAUGCUUCCUACGCAGGUAGAUGUUGUGUUGUUGAGAAAGAUUAUGUGGGCUUCACUGACCGGAGCUGCAGGGUGCGAAGUAACUGAGCAGCAGGAGUCACAACGCGUGUCGAGGCGAAAGCGUGGUCGCGUGGCGGGAACAGAAGGGCCCACCCAGAAAGAAGAUAAUCAGGGUUCCGAUGACGGGGUGAAGAAGGUACGGUUUAGUGAAGUUGUGCUUCAGCUACUACCGCAAGUUAGCACUGUGUCUGCCACAGGUGCCCUCUCACCGGCCUUUUUCUUCUUUUCUUUGUUGUUUCUUGCCAAUGAACACGGACUUCUCAUUGAGAGUGUCCCAACACUGGACGACCUAGUUGUUCAUGUUCCGCCGCAACGGGGGGACGCAUCAGAGACCAUGGUGAAUGCAGACUAG